CGCUACGGGCAGGCAAUCGGCUAAUCCUAGAGCCUACCAUUAUUCUCCGUCGAUCCUCUCUGCCAAUUCGUCAUUUUGUGUUGCCACGUUAUAUGAUUCACUCCUCGCUGCCCUUCAUUCCCGAUUUACCGUCUUACAUUUUCCCCGCCGAUCUGGUUUACUGGCCGUCACAUCCAGAUACUUGGGGGGUCCGAGCCAGUUCGAAGUUUUGGCAUCUUGAGGAUCAACCAUCAGCUAUGUCAUCUGGAACUACUUUGAAUACAGAAUUAUCAAAGAAAACGUCCUUCCUUGGUUUGUCCCUAUGGGUUUUGAUCUGCUUAUGUGUUGGUGCAUUUAUUGUUUUGAUUCUUGGUAUCUUAUCUGUAUGGGUGAUGUUUCAAAGAAAAACAAGGAGAUCCCCAGAAAACUUCUCUACUUCUCAAAUACCAAACGUCUCGAAGGAUAUUAAGGUGGAUAGAAUCGCGAUUCAAUCUGCCCACGGAAAUCAUCUUGAGAACCUUUAUCAUUCUAUUCAUGAUAAAUCAAAUGAGAAGAACUCAGAGAAGAUGAUUGGUCAUUUGAGCAUGAGCAAGUCGAGUGAUCCUGAUAACAUAAGCCAAUGCAGCUCCAAUUACUAUCAUGAAAGGGUUUUUAGCUCACAUUCAGGAGAAGAAGGAAGCUCUGGGACUGUUAGACAGCAGUCUUCCAUGUCGUAUGGAGGAUAUGGAGGACUUGUGACUGCCUCUCCUCUCGUUGGCUUACCCGAAAUUUCACAUCUUGGUUGGGGUCAUUGGUUUACCCUCAGGGACCUAGAAUUUGCGACACAUCGUUUCUCUCCAGACAAUGUUCUUGGUGAAGGGGGUUAUGGGGUUGUCUAUAAAGGCAGACUGAUAAAUGGAACUGAGGUUGCAGUAAAGAAACUUCUCAAUAAUCUGGGACAAGCAGAGAAAGAAUUUAGAGUUGAGGUGGAGGCCAUUGGUCAUGUAAGACACAAGAACCUCGUACGACUCCUUGGCUAUUGCAUUGAAGGAGUUCAUAGGAUGCUGGUCUAUGAAUAUGUGAACAAUGGCAACUUAGAACAAUGGUUACAUGGCGCUAUGCGGCAACAUGGCACCCUUACAUGGGAUGCCCGGAUGAAGGUGCUUCUUGGCACUGCUAAGGCGCUAGCAUAUUUACAUGAGGCAAUUGAACCGAAGGUUGUCCACAGAGACAUAAAAUCUAGCAACAUCUUAAUUGAUGAUGAAUUUAAUGCAAAGGUUUCAGAUUUUGGAUUGGCCAAACUUUUGGAUGCAGGAGAAAGUCACAUCACGACUCGAGUGAUGGGCACAUUUGGGUAUGUGGCACCGGAAUAUGCCAACACUGGCUUGUUGAAUGAGAAGAGUGACAUUUAUAGCUUUGGCGUUCUCCUUCUGGAAGCAAUUACGGGAAGGGACCCUGUUGAUUAUGGCCGUCCUGCUAAUGAGGUUAACCUUGUUGAGUGGUUAAAAGUGAUGGUAGGCACAAGGAGAGCUGAGGAAGUUAUAGAUCCAAGUCUUGAAACUAAACCUUCUACACGCGCAUUGAAACGUGCCCUUCUGAUUGCGCUUAGGUGUGUGGAUCCUGAGGCAGAUAAGAGACCAAAAAUGACUCAAGUUGUUAGAAUGCUUGAAGCUGAUGACUACCCAUCACGCGAGGAUCGGAGGAGCCAAAAGAGCAGCACGGCGAACUCGGAAAUAGAGUCGACGAAAGAGACCUCGAGUCCAGCUGAGGUUGGAAGUAAAGCAGUGGAUUCAGAGAGCAGAGAGGGGAACGCAUGAGUGGUUUGAAACUAGCUCUUCUCUUAUUAUCAUUGCUGGUAGCAUGGUUUGAAAGCAGUUGGAUGGGUGAUGGUCCAUUUGUUUCAUAGUACAUAUCACUACUGCACCCUUUCUAGAUCACAUAAAGUUAUAUAUAUAGAGAGAGAGGGAGAGAGAGAAAAAUGUUUGUUGUGGCCACUUGCUCUAUCAUUCCCUCUUUCACAUGAUUGUAAUUUCUGCUCCCUCCCCCUUUUUUUCUGAGAGAACAGAACUCUCUUUUUCUUUUCUUUUCUUUUUUGGCUUUAAUUGUUGGUUCACUUACCAUUGUUAUUAUAAAUUAUUAAUUUUUUUUGGAAGAAAAAAAAAAAAGAAUUUAUUUUGAAUAA